GCGGUUUCCCGGGAUCGACCAGUUAAUGGGAGACUGGGCUGUUUUAACUGCCGGCGGCGAUGCGUUCUGGUGCAGCGGUCAGGGCCUGCCAGAAAGUCUGCAGGUGCCUGUUGUCUGGGUUUGGAGGUCGAGUGGUUGGGGGGCAGCCUGAGCCGUUACUGGAAGGGAGUUUUUCCUUCGGAGUGCCCGUGAGGUCGCACGCGGAGCUGCCCCGGGGGAGCGAGCCGACCGAAGCCCCCGAGUCCGGUGAGGGGAGCGAGGAGCUGGUAGAGAUCUGUCAGAGAAGGCAUUUCUUCAGUGGCAGCAAGCGGCAGCUUAGCCGACAUUCUCUUCUGAGCGGGUGCCACCCCGGCCUUGGCCCCUUGGGCAUAGAGUUGCGCAAGAACCUGGCAGCAGAAUGGUGGUCCUCAGUGGUGGUGUUCAGGGAGCAGGUCUUCCCGGUAGAUGCCCUCCAUCAUAAGUCUGGCCCUACGCUGCCUGGGGACAGUGCCUUCAGGUUAGUUUCCGCAGAAACUCUACGCGAAAUCUUGCAAGACAAAGAGCUGAGUAAGGAACAGCUAAUAGCAUUUCUUGAAAACUUAUUAAAAACUUCUGGGAAACUACGGGAGAACCUUCUUCACGGUGCUUUGGAGCACUAUGUUAAUUCCCUGGAUCUGGUAAACAAGAGACUACCUUAUGGCCUUGCUCAGAUUGGAGUGUGUUUUCAUCCUGAUACUAAGCAGACAUCUGAUGGUGUUAAAAGAAUCGGUGAGAAGACUGAGGCUUCACUGGUUUGGUUUACUUCAGCAAGAACUGCAGGCCAGUGGCUUGAUUUCUGGUUACGUCAUCGACUCCUGUGGUGGAGAAAGUUUGCUGUGAGUCCAUCUAACUUCAGCAGCAGUGAUUGUCAGGAUGAAGAGGGACGAAAAGGAAACCACCUUUAUUACAAUUUCCCAUGGGGAAAGGAGCUAAUAGAGACCCUGUGGAAUCUAGGAGACCGUGAACUUUUACACAUGUGUCCUGGAAAUGAGUCUCAAUUACACGGCCGAGAUGGACGAAAAAAUGUGGUUCCAUAUGUUUUAUCUGUUAAUGGAAAUCUGGACCGAGGUGUGCUGGCUUACCUCUAUGAUUCUUUCCAGCUCACAGAGAACUCCUUUACAAGGAAGAAGAAUCUUCAUAGAAAGGUACUUAAACUUCACCCUUGUUUAGCCCCUGUUAAGGUUGCUUUGGAUGUGGGAAGAGGCCCAACGGUGGAAUUAAGACAGGUCUGUCAAGGGUUAUUUAAUGAAUUACUAGAAAAUGGAAUUUCUGUGUGGCCUGGUUAUAUGGAAACUGUGCAGUCCUCAUUUGAACAACUUUAUUCAAAAUAUGAUGAAAUGAGUAUCCUGUUCACAGUUUUGGUUACUGAAGCUACUUUGGAGAAUGGGUUAAUACAUCUGAGAAGUAGAGACACCACAAUGAAGGAAAUGAUGCAUAUAUCCAAAGUAAAAGACUUUUUAAUCAAGUAUAUAUCAUCAGCUAAGAAUGUAUAGAUUUUAAUAUUUGUGUAAUAAAUA